AUGACGUCUCCUUCUCCCAUCGCGUCGUACAUGGCUGGGGCCGCUGCGAUCACCAUCGGCUUGAACGCCAUUGCGAACCCUAGCGGCGAAUGUGAACGCUUUGGCUUACCUCUCGAGCAGCGGAAGCUGUUGACAACAGUGUCUGAUGGAAGCACGACGCCUGUCCGAGACAUAGCGUUCUCGCCUCCCAUGUAUCUGAAGGGCACACGGGAACUUACCUACGGGUUGGGACGCAUUUCUCUCCAGUACCAACGCAACGAGGAUGCAGUCACCACCUUCUUACUGCUCCUCUCCCUGGCAGGGCUUGGAGAUGGGAUCGUCGUGUCUCGCCAAGGCAGGGAGCUGCGUGGCAAACCUGGAGACAUUCUUUGCGCUUUUGACGUCACUGAAGUUCAGGUCAUACGAGCUUUACGAAAAUCGCAAGGCUUCCUGCCCCAGUUGCGCACCGAAAACGCCAAUAACAUCACUUUGCCUCCGUCCGUCUUUAAGCCAGGGAUUCAACCUUCGCCCUCGUAG